AAAAUUGAAGAAAAUAUUAUUAUUAAAAUAUGUGAACUUUCUAUUUAUUCGUGUUUAUUCAAUACUUAUUUGAAUCGUAUCGACAAAUAUACGUAAUUGUAUUGUAUAACGUAAUUGUAUAUAGUUUUUAAAAAUGAAAGUACUAAAUAUAGUAGGAAUGAGUGCUGUUCAAAUAAUAUCAUGUUUAUUUGUUGUUGCGUAUUUGUUUGGUAUAUUAAAUAAUUAUUUUAGUGACAAAAAUAAUUAUUGCGCGAUGACAUUUAUGUUUGAAUAUCCACAAUUUGUACGAAUAUCUUUGGAGGAAAAUAAAAAAUAUCCUCAAUAUGGUCUAUAUGCCUAUAGUGAAGGAAGAUUUACUGAAAAGGCUAGAAAGAUGUGGUUUGAUGGAAUACCUGUAUUAUUUUUGCCAGGCAAUUCUGGUAGUCACAUGCAAGCUAGGUCUUUAGCUUCAGUUGCACUAAGAAAGGCUUUAUCAGAAUCAUAUGAAUAUCAUUUCGACUAUUUUACGAUUAGCUAUAAUGAAGAAUUGUCAGGCUUAUAUGGGGGAGUUCUUCAAGGGCAGACUGAAUUUGCUUCAGCAUGUAUAAAUAAAAUACUUACAUUAUAUAAAAGCAAUAAAUAUACUAAGUCAGUACCAACAUCAGUAAUUCUUAUUGGACAUUCAAUGGGUGGAAUUAUUGCAAAGAGAUUACUAACAUAUCCAUAUACAAAAAAUUCAACCAACAUUGCAAUAACUCUAGUAGCACCUUUGAAAGCACCAGUCAUUAAUUUCGAUAUACUUUUAAAUGAAUACUAUAUGCAAAUGGAUAUGGAAUGGAUGGAAUAUAAACGAUCAAAUUUAAGACAUGAUAAGAUUCUAAUCAGCAUUGGGAGUGGCCCUCGAGAUAUGUUGAUACCAGCUGGUUUAACAGCUUCCAACUAUAGCCAUAUUAAUACUCUGUCUACAGCUAUUCCAGGUGUUUGGGUUAGUCCUGAUCAUGUUAGUAUGGUGUGGUGCAAACAGCUAGUGUUAGUUAUCAAUAGAUUCCUAUUUGACAUUGUCGAUACAUGGACCGAACAGAUAUCGAUCAACUCAGCAUAUAUUGAUCAAAAAGCUAGACAAUAUUUUAAGGCCAAUCGUUCAAUAACUUUGGAUACGUCUAUAUUACGUCAUAACGUCAGUAUGCAAGUCGACGGUUUUUGGUAUGAAGAUAGUAGGAGAAUUUAUCAGAUAUCACGACCGGGGAUCGAAAGAACAACACAUUUAAUGAUAAGAUUAGUAAGUUUCCCUCAAAAUAGAUUUGUUGCAAUCGAAUCUACUAACGUUGAUGAUAAAGAUUGGAUAUUUGGAUGCACCGCUAAGGAUGUCCACAAUAAUUACAGAUAUUGCAAAGAGGCGACAUCACUAAGCGAACUGAGUCGAUGGUCGGGCGCAGCAACCGAUUACGGAAGGAGAAAGUUAGCGACGAUCCAUCUUCACCAAAUAAUGGAAGAAGAACCGCAAUGGACGCACGUUAUUGUUAAAGUUUCGCCAACUAGGAAACCGAUUGUACUUAACGUGGAUACAAAUGAUUACGCUUCCAGACAAAUAGAAGUAUCAGCGCCAUCGGAUUAUUCAUUUGGGAAACGCGUUGUAAUACCCGAAACAGUACCGAAUAGUCUCUAUUAUGAGCUGAUCCUAUCAGAAUUUAAUUUAAUACACCAAGCUUAUUUAUUAUACGUGGAACCUACUGAAACAUGUAAAGGACAGUAUCAUGUGUCAGCUGAAGUUCACGUGCCCUGGGCUCAGAAUAACGAAUAUUACCAUUAUUUCACCCCUCUCAAACGAUCCCCGAUGAAACUGCGAUUAUUUGAAAGCAAUCCUAACAUAACAUUAGGACAAGACGCCACAGAAAAAGUUAAAAUUACUUUAUUGUUAGACCCACAAUGCACCUUUAGUGUAAGUAUAUCAAUAUCCUGGUAUCACCGUUUGGCUCAACUGUCUCGUAACUAUACUCCGAUUCUGGUUCCAUAUGUGGCAGCUAUAUUGCUACUGGCAGCUAGAAAUAAUAUACUCAAUAUACAGAGUACUGGAUGUCCUUCCAUACAUAGUGCCUUAAUGAGUGACAGUGUUAGACCAUAUUUUGUGCUAGUCUUUGCCCGUCUAGCCAUAACAUCAUUUAUGUCAGUUCCAUUUUUAUCUUUUCUUUUCGAGAAUGCCAGUUGGAGAAAUCUUGAAUUACAAUACUUUGUACGCUCGCUACUUGUGUUACCAACAUACAUGACAGCUCUCGGUAUUAUCAAUAUUGUUGCUCUGGCCCUGCUUGUUAUUAUGGUAUUUUCAUCUCAAUUAGCACAUCGAUUGUUAUUCAGGAUAGUAUGGCGUGGUGGAAUGGGUCUGGCUGAAAAAAUGGCUGUGGGUUUACAGAAAGUACCCAUGCUGGUUAGUGCUGCGCUGAUAUGUGCUGUACCAUUGUCUUGUGGGGCUGCAUCAUUGGCCGCUGGUGCCACAUUCUAUAUGUUCAUUCUGUCAAAAAUGUAUGAAGAAUAUUUAGAGGAUUAUGUUUAUAAGCUGAUGGCUAAAAUGGCAAGUCGUAUGUGUUAUAUGUUCAAGGGUAAGAAACCGAAAGAAGACUCAAAACAAUGUACUCAAAAAGAAGACAAUUCCAAAGAUAUUACUAAUUCAGAGAAUCUCAAAGCCAUAGAGUUCAAAGAACAUUCCAAAAAGGAUGAAGAUCAACCUGAUAAACAAACGAAUGAUACUAAAAGUAACAAUAUACAGAAAUGUGAUAGCAGUGAGAACCUUAUAGAUGAGGAGCUCAGUAGUAUAAAUUUUCAUGUCAUGAUGUUCUUUUUGUGGAUGGCAGUAACUGUAGUCAAUAUUCCCGCUUUGUUGACAUGGGCACGAAACUUCAAAUAUAGUAUGGUCUUAAAACCUGACACCUCAUACUACACUGGCCUCGUCAUGGCAGCAUGUUCAUCAAUUAUUUGGCAGAUGGACAGCCCAAGGAAAAACUUAAGAAACUAUGAAAUGGUGUCUUCCGCACUAUUAAUAAUGGCUGUAUUGAUAUGUGCUCUGGGACCAUUUUCCCUCUCAAUUGUAAAUUAUGGAGUGACAUUUAUGUUUGCAAUAAUAACUCUGCAGCAGUUAUAUGAUGUUGAUGAUAACAUUGAUGAAAAUUUGCUUACACAAGAGCCCUUACAAGAUAAAGAAAUUACUAAUAUAGACCAAGAAAAUGAGGCAGACAAAAAAGAUACUCAAGAAGAAAAUUGUAGCAAAAAGGAAGAUUUAAAUAAAGAUGCGGGUGAAAGUCUUAAAACUGAUAAUUAUUCUGAGGCUGAGUGUGGCGAUAAGUCCAGUGACUGCGAUAAAUGUGAUGAGAGUCGAAUUUACAGAGUUUUCAAAAAUCUCAGAGAAAAAUUUAGUUUUGGUGACAAUGAAUGAAUUGUGCAUAAAGUAUAGACAUUAUAGAAAAAUUUUAAAUUA